GCCUCCUGUUGGGGCGCUAUUUUUGGAAACGCUCGUGUGGGUUGUAUAGGAACACUCGUUGCGAUGGCGACCAUCACUGAACUAAAGUGCGCUUUGAGGGAAACGCUGGAGUCCCGCGGUGUGCUGGGCCAGCUGAAGGCUCGCAUCCGGGCGGAGGUGUUCAGCGCCCUGGAUGACCAGCGUGAACCGCGACCUCCCCUGUCCCAUGAAAACCUGAUCAUCAACGAGCUUAUCAGGGAGUACCUGGAGUUCAACAAGUACAGGUACACAGCAUCUGUGCUGACCGCAGAGUCGGGCCAACCCGAAGUUCCUUUGGACAGACAGUUCCUGGCGAAUGAGCUGAAAGUCACUGAGGAUCUAAGCUCCAAGUCAGUACCUCUUCUAUAUGGCUUAGUGUCCCACUUUGUGAACAGCAGUGAUAAGGGAGGGAAGGUGUUUCUGCGAGGCGCUGCUGCCAUUAACACUCCUGGAACUGAUGCCUAAAGUUUAAUGAUACAGCAGUGACUUACUAUGUUGUAUCUCGCCUCUGUCCUUGUAGUUAUUCAGCCUUUACAGCAUGAAGUCUGUAAGGUCUUGUUAGCUCAGUAAUCUUUGUGUCAUUAUUAUAAAUUGCCAAAUGUUCUUUGUGGCCUUUUUUACAUUUUGAAUUUAUUAUCAGACUUCAACACUUUAUUUAUAUUAGUCACAGUGUAAUCCUAAUAAUUAAUAAUCCUAAUUGUUUUUGUCAUAGUUGAGUUAAAGGAUUGAGAUUACAUUUGUGAUGUAUUUGGUGGUUCAUUCUGUAAAUAUGUGAUAUUUUUUGACUGAUUUUUA